AGUGGACUUUUACCAAGACGAGUCUAGACCCAUUAAACCUCCUGCAGUCCCUCCUAAAAAAACUUCUCUGUACCAGACACCUAGAGGCCCUGAAACUCCCAGCAGGCCUCCAGUCAGUCUCAAGGGUUCUGCGGAUUUGGAACACCCUGUCUCCCCUCGUCCUGGCUGCCCCCCUGUCGUGCCCCCCAAGAGCAACAUCUACCGGCACCCCAAUGUUCUGACCUCGAGCGACACCAGCCAUGGCGGACAGACUCCAUCUCCUGUUUCAUUCUCCACCACUGAGAAGGAGCUAGAACCCUGGCCCCGGACUGCCCUGAGGCCUCCACAUUCACCAUCCGUGCCCAGCAGAUCCCCGGGGCCACACAAGACCCAGUCACAGGACUCUGAGGGCGUUGUUGCCGUGGAGAGCCCCCUGACCUCCCCAUCUCCGAAGCCUAUUCCUUCCCCGAGAACCAGACGCAUCUACAGUGCAGGAACACAGAACCCUACCUCAGCGACACCCAACACCUCAACUGAGGAAAUACCUCUACUAUCAGAACAGGUGUCAAGAAUACACGUGACAUCCCAACAGCCUGUUGAAUACAACACACUGCGGUCAGAGAAUCAGACAGUCCCCACCCCACCUCCGAUCCCCCCAAAACUCAAGACCUUGGACAGACUGCAACCCCCCAUGACCCAGAGAAAUUAUGAUAGACUCUCACGUCCAGAGCCAUCAGCAACCAGUGGAGGUAAUGCCCUCGCCCGGCCGCCACCACCCACCUUCUCACCUCCACCACCUCCAACACCCUCGGCGACCUCUCCCCUCUCCUCUCAUGGAAGGAAAUCAGAGUACAGAGUUGAGGUGCUUCCCGGGGACUCUGGCUAUGAGGGAAUUAUAUAUGAGCCAGCACCUCGACUUGGGACAUUGCCAAAAUCUCCACCCAGGACACUGCCAAGAUCCUCAUCAGAGCCACUUCUUGAUAAGAGGGAGGGGGAGCAGGAACAACAUCUGUCAAAAUGGAGGAAGACGAUGGAAAUGCACCCCGCACCUUUCACACGCUACAGCAGACCUAUGACUGUAGAGGAAAAAACCCGGUGGUUAAACCAGACAGCGCAACGGGUAUGCAAGAGUUUAACGAAUUUCCAGUUCAUGCUGCCCGGACGCAGGGACACGCUUUGUUGGCACAUCUCAGAGCUCAGGGAAAUUGCGGAGAAAGUAGAAAAGUCUAGCCAGAAGCACCGGAUGAUGGGCAUCGGCGGAGGCACGGGAAGUGCCGUCGGAGGGGUGACGGCCGUGGUGGGCAUUGCCUUGGCACCUGUCACCAUGGGGGUCUCACUGAUUGCCACGGCGGUCGGGGCAGGAGUGGCAGUUGCCAGUGGCAUGGGCGCAAGUUCGGCAGUGAAGAAGAAGAAGUAUAAGGGCACAGAGCGAAAAAGAGGCCAGGAUAUCAUGAAGGCGUACAGAGACCAGGUGAUCGAUUUGGAAGAGAGUCUGGCGAUAGUGCGAACUGGCAUGGAAGAGCUCAUGCGACAUGAUCUGACUGGUGCCAGUGAAGAGGCGGCGUGGAUGGCACAAGUAGCAGAAGCGGCGAGCCGCUAUGGAAAGCCUGGCAGUGCCAAGCCAACAGUCUUGAGCACGGACGACAUCCUGAAGGAGUUUGAUGUUUUCCCAGAGGUGUACUACUCUAUCAGUGAUGGUGAAAAGCAGAAGAAGACCACAGACAAGAAGUUUGCCUCAAAGGUCCGCACAGCAGCCGAGCAACUGCAGGAGGGACUGAAUGACAUGAACUGUGCUUGGGAAACAUUCUCAUUGGCCACAGCCAGGGUCUGAGAUGGGGAAUCACUUCUGUUGGUGACAGCAUGCAGGGGCGUCGAAAAGGGGGUAAAAGUGGGACUGAUUACCAAGGCCCCAAGGGGGGAGAGGGCCCUUGAAAAU